UUCGAUUCAAUCACAGUUUUAAUUGAAACUUCACUACUAUAACACCCCCCCCCCCCCCCCACACACACACAUAAAAAAAAAAAGCACCGUCAUUCCGGCGGUCCUCGCCAUCGCUAUCGCCGCCGCCGACUUCUUCUUCACAGGCUUCAAUUAUCUUCCCUCUUCUUCUGUAUAUAAAAAAUAUUAUACAAAUAUUGGCGGAAUGGAAGAGCAAUUUAUUCUGAGGGUCCCACCUUCUGUUGCUGAGAGAAUUGACAAACUUCUAAGUGAAAAUUCUGCUUCUUCUGAAGACAAACUUGACUUGUCUUUUUCUGAGGAUGGAAAGACCGGCACUUUUGUCAUAGGUGACGAGCGCUUUCCUGCAUCACUUUUGAAUCUUCCUUGCAUAGUGGAGUCGUACAAAACUUAUGAUGACAAUGUGCUCAUUAAAUCAGCAGAUGUUGGUCAAAUGAUUAUGGUGAGAGAAGAAGGUGAUCCUGCACCAGAUGGGGUAGAAUAUAGACAUGGCCUCACACCUCCAAUGAGAGAUGCUCGAAGGCGAAGAUUUCGGAGAGAACCAGAUCUUAAUCCUGAGCUCGUUCGGCGUGUUGAGAAAGACUUGCAGACCAUAAUGGCUGGUGGAACAGCUGAGAAUAUUGAAAUAGAAGUUGCCGAGCAAGAGGAAGGAGGUGAAGCAAGUGCACGCCAACUGAAUAAGAAAGCGGCACAACCUGCAACAAAGCCUGAUGUCUCCGAGCCUGGCACAGCCGGUGAUGAUCCUGAUAGAACUGAAUCUGAGGAUUCUGAUGAUUCAAUAUAGCCGAGGUCCGUGGACAUUUUCCAGCAAACAAAGAUUAUUUAGCUACAAAAGUUGUCGGUUGGCUAGUGGCCACCAAGUCUCUGCUACUGGUUAACGGCCUUCGGAAAAUGAUAGAAAUUUUAGCUCUUGCAUUUCAGUACAGUUUGCUUAUCGAUUCUUGGCUUGUACUUCGCUGUAAUACAACAGGUUGCAAUGUCUACUCCUGAGAUUGCAAAUUAUGUUUUGAACAA